CCUCGAGAUCGCUUUACAAUGAGUAAGUGACGACUCCUUAUCGCGAUGUUGUUUCACGGGGGACGAUGCGGUUUUUACUUACCUUUUGUUUGUCGCAGGUCCGCCCUUGGCUGCAAGAGCUGGGACAGCCCCGACCGGCAGAGUUUUGGGCGAAGUAAUGAUGCCAUAGCCUUCUCAAUAUUUUCACGUCCAUAACCUCUAAUAAACUAGGUUGUCAAUUGCGGCAGCUCCACACCGAGGAUGAACGGUAAUACGGUCACAACACACGGAUAUCCUACAGGUACCUGUCAGCCCGCGGGUUGCAACAAGUUACAGUGUUAUCGGGGGGCCUGCGGCGGCUCAUUCACGGAUAGCAAGUCUUGGAGGUACGUCCAGUAUUUCCCGUGUCAAAAACGUCGCGUCCACAAAGCUAACUCUCCCUACGAUGAUGCAGGGAACACAGAGAGACCUGUUUACCCAUCGGAAGCUAUGGCUAUCGCUGCGUGUUCCCGGAUUGCCCCGAACGUUUUAUGACUUCCAGCCUUUACGAUAUGAUAGGCCACCAAUCGGUCCAUCAGCUGUUCGCCUGCUACGUACGGGGGUGUGCUUGGACCUUUCCUGCACAGGACGGAGCUAUCAAGCAUGUCAUCAGGGAGCAUCGCACCGCGAAACCCCCUACAGACAUGAUAAAACACUUGUGGACUACCCAAAAACACCAGGACGAGUUUCAGCGACAGUCAAACGUUUGUUUCGACAUCUCGGAUGUGAUAUCGGAUUGGCAAGCGGAGGCUUCGGGUCAUCCUCCAGAGGGUAUCAUACCAGCCCCGAAGCCAGCCACAUACGCUCUGCCCGGGAAUGGGCACCUCGAGAGCGGAGCAAAUGCUGAAGAUGCCGACGACGCGCAGAGUUUGAGUUCGGCAGUGUUCGUGCACAUCACGAAUCAACUUGCGGCUCUCGGGGAUCUUUUGGAUAGCCGAGCAUUGGCACCGACUGCAACGGAGUACCGCCAAGUGUCUCAAGCGUUGGAAAUCAUGUCCAAGAAGCUCCACAGCAAAUCCCCUACAGGCCCGUUGGCUGGCUGGAAAAAUCACUUUGCAUACCCUAGCGGGGUUUCGGGUCCGAAUGGCUUACCCCGUCCGGAGACGUUCCGGGAGGAACCCACUGCUCUUGCUACCACCUUAGCUCGGGAAACCCGCCGGGGACUCAAACAUCAAAAGAAUAAAUCUGCUACUGCGCAAAUAUCCACAGCGAUAUCGCCCGUAAGAGAGGAGGCUGACGGUGGGGAGCUAUCCGGAACUGACCUAGACUCCGACGAGGAGCUCGACCCACCAACGCAAGGAGCCGACGGCGAACCUCUGCAGAACACCCACCUCUCCGGCAAAGAGCAGAGCAAAUACUUCCAACAAAUGCAGCAAUGCUGUGUCCGUGCUGCUCACGAGUUCUACCUCCGCCACCGCGCGCACCUGGACAACAUCAAGGACAAGAAAUCCCGUCAACUCUGUCUAACGGCAAAAUCCAACCCCAUCUCCAAGCCCGACGACCUCAGCCUCCCGCAUUGGACCCACCUCUUGCGCAGGAUCAGUGAUGCAAGAGGUCUUCAGAAAAACAUGGUCAGUCGUAUAGAAAGCUUCAACGGGGACAUAUCCCCCGUCGACGAGGUUAGGCAUGCGUUCACGAAGAACAAGGUCAAGAGCGACAGGGAUCUGCUGGCGCUCGUCCAAUUGACCAGGAACUUUUGCUGGCAGUUGAAGGAUUGGGACAGAUGUGCGGAUUUGGAUACGUUGUACACACUCCUAGAGAAGACCAUUCGCGAGGCAAAGCGUAGGAACCUGGGAAGGUAUAGGCCGACCAGGAAGGGGACCUUUGGCGGCGGAAGGGAAGUACCAACGAUGGGAAACCCACAGAGGCAGUCGGCCACUUGGCCAUUAAUGGUGGAAACGGAGGGGGCAGAAUAGAAUGACAGUGUGCGAAUAACACAGCUUGCCUACGUGCAUGGAUUUUUCGGUCCCCCAUCCCAUCCCAUCCCUCUCUCUCCCCUCUCUCUCUCUCUCUCUCUCUCUCUCUCUCUC